AGGGAUAAUGAGAGAGUGAUUUCCUGGAGACGAGAGAGAGAGAGAGGUAGUGCUGGGCAGAGGACGGACACGCCAUGGCUUACCGGUUCACAGAAGCAGAACUCGACGUGGUCAAAGAGGCCUUCACACAUUUCGACACGGACGGCGACGGGGUGAUCACUUCGUCGGAGCUGGGAGAGGUCAUGCGCUCCCUUGAGCAUGUGCUGGUCAACCUGAGGGAGAGGUUCACAGAUGAGAAGGUGGAGGAGAUGAUGAGACAGGUGGACGCCAACUCGGAUGGGAAAGUCACCUACGAGGAGUUUGAGAAGCUGAUGGUGGCCAGAGACCCCCGAGGCCCUGCACUCUAGGUACAGGUUAAUCUCACAUUAAAUGCACAG